GUAUGUGGCUAGCGAGCAGCUAGCAGGUUACGCAGUAGCAGUUUGACGUCGGGCAGCCUCUUUAAAAUCGGACCAAUGCCUUAGAAAAGCUUCUCUGUUCGCCCCCGUCUUGUAAUACGAGCGCUGCCCGUUGAGGCCAGCGGUCGGUGCUCGGUAGAAGAUCGGGAUAAAGCGGAGGAUCUUAGCGUACCGGCGCUCGUUGGUCUCCGUUUUGGCCGAGCUAGCAGAGCUAGCUGUUCAGUAGCUCGUAGCGCCGCAAUGGAUCCAUAAAGGAAGCCCAGACUCUGCAUGGCGUCGGAUUGGCAGCAGCGGGAGUGAGCAGCCAAUCAGCCGAGGACACCGGUAGCAUCAUGGCGUCUCGUCAGAGGAACUCGGUCCGGAUCCUGUCCAGCCGGGAGCGCGGCUCGCAGAUCUUUGGCUCGCAGCGCCUCCUGCAGCUCCUGGUGGAGGAGAAAGUCCGCUGGAUGAAAUGGCAGAGUCAGAAGGUGGAGCUGCCGGACAGCCCUCGCUCAACGUUCCUGCUGGCCUUCAGCCCUGACAGGACCCUCAUGGCGUCGACCCACGUCAACCACAACAUUUACAUAACAGAGGUGAAGACUGGAAAGUGCCUCCAUUCCUUAGUGGGCCACCGUAGAACCCCCUGGUGUGUGACCUUUCACCCCACAAUUCCUGGUUUGGUCAUAUCUGCUCCACAUCAGACGGUAACUGUAACUGCUCUGCAGGGCGGGAGUGAGAGCUGGUUCACCGAGAGCAACGUCGCCAUCGCCUCCCUGGCCUUCCACCCAACUGCUCAGCUGCUCCUGAUCGCCACCAACAAUGAGCUCCACUUCUGGGACUGGAGCCGCCCCGAGCCCUUCGCCGUGGUGAAAACGGGCAGCGACACGGAGAGAGUGCGGUUGGUGCGCUUCGACCCUCUCGGUCACAACCUGCUCACGGCGAUCGUGAAUCCAUCCAAUCAGCAGGGCGAGGAGGACUCGGAGGUUCCCAUGGACAGCGUUGAGAUGCCUCACUUCCGUCAGCGCUCCUUCCUGCCUUCCCAGCCGGUUCGCCGCACGCCCAUCCUCCACAACUUCCUCCACAUCCUGUCGUCCCGCUCGCCUGGGGCUCAGGCCGGAGGCGAGCAGCCGCGGCCUCUCGGGGAAAAUGGAAGUAACAUGGCGGAGUCUCCCAGCAUCCCUUUGGCCCAGUACCCCAGCUCGGAGCGCGGCCCGCCCCUGCCCGGCUGCACCCAGCACCUGGGCAUGGUGUGCAUGUGCAGUCGCUGCUCCAUCAGUCGAACGGCGCCCCCGCCAGACGGAGCCUCUGUGCCUCCGCCCGAUCCACGGGCAUCAUCGGACUCACUCCAGCCGCCCCCGGCCUCCACCUUCUCCUCAGCUCGCACUGAGCCCAGACAGCCCUCGGAGCGAACCUCCGCCUUUACCUCCGUCUACUACAGCGCCGGCGCUUCUCUUAACCCCGCCCCUCCGGGCGGCCACGAGCCGCACUCCACGCCCAGACCGGCACCCGACUGGACUCGCAACCUGCUGAGUGUGAGGGAGGGGGGGAUCAAUCCUGGCAUGCUGCCUCCCAGAACCUCCGCCUCCUCCUCCAUCAGCCUUCUGUCUGUGCUCCGCCAGCAGGAGGGCUCCUCCCACUCCCCCGUCUACACCUCCGCCACCGAGGGGCGGGGUUUCCCCCAGCAGGGAGAGCCCGGAGCCCGGGAUACCGCCAGCACGAGCAGUGGGCAUCACCCGUUCUGGGACAGCGCCCGCGGCAACACGGCCUCCUUCCGCAACGUGCUGCAGUGCAACCUGAGCCGCUACUUCCUGGAGAUCGGCCCCAUCGACAUGGAGCCGGCGCUGGGCGGCGCCAUGGCCGACGGCGGCCAGGAGCAGAGUCAGGAACUGCUCAACAACAACAUGGACCCGGACCGGCCCGGGCCUUCCUCAUCCUCCUCCUCCUCCACCCCCACCAUCAUCCACUACCAGCCUCCCCUCCCCCCGCCCCCCAGCUCCCACAGCCUGGAGAACAACGUCCCUCCCCCUGCCUCCCGAGGUCACCUGAACCGCUGCCGGGCCUGCCACAACCUGCUCACCUUCAACCACGACUCCCAGCGCUGGGAGCGCAAGACCUCCUCCGCCUCCACCUCCAUGCUGGAGCCCCCCUCGUCCUCCUCUGCUUCCUUUCCCUCCCCUUCCUCUCACUGGCAGCCCGACGAGGCCAGGAGGAUGCUGGAAGUCCAAACGCAGGAGAGGAGGGCGCCUCCUGAGUCCAGCGAGCAGCCGCCUCCCCCAGCAGCAACAGUGGGAGGAACAGGAGUGGCCUUCCCCAUUGCCCCGUCCUCCACCCAGCCCGGGGAGCAGACGGUGGGCCUGGUGUACAACCAGGACACGGCGCAGUGGGAGAGGGUGUACCGGCAGGCUGCGUCAGGCCGGCCGGCGGAGCCACCGGAGGCCUUAAGCCAAGAAAUGCCCGUCGACCCCCCAGACGAGGACUCCCUCAGGAGGCGGCUGCUGGAAUCCUCUCUCCUGUCACUGUCUCGCUACGACAUGUCCGGCUCCAGAGACCACCCCAUCUACCCCGACCCAGCCAGGCUUUCUCCAGCAGCUUACUACGCUCAGAGGAUGAUCCAGUAUCUGUCGAGGCGCGACAGCAUUCGCCAGCGCUCGCUCCGGUACCAGCAGAACCGGCUGCGGGCCAUGUCGUCCUCCUCGUCGGACAGCCCGGCCAGCAACCCGCCCGGCUCCAUGGACAGUGGCGACGUGGACUUUGAGGAUCACGACGACCACAAGACUGACUCUGAAGACUCAUCCAACGCCGACCUCCACAGGGCGGCCUCGGCAGUCUUCUCCUCCUGCCCCGACAUCAGCUCACGCGAGAGGAGGCGGCAGCGAGUGAUGGCGAGGGAGAGGAGGGUCACGAGGACCAUCCUGGCCAUCAUCCUGGUAUUUGUCCUCACCUGGACGCCGUACAACGUCAUGGCCGUCGUUGCUGCCUUCUGCCAUUGCCGCAUUCCUGACGCCCUGUGGACCACGGGAUACUGGCUGUGCUACGUGAACAGCACGGUCAACCCCGGCUGCUACGCCCUGUGCAACGUGACCUUCAGAAAAACCUUCUGCAGCCUCCUGCGCUGCCGCUGCCGGCGGCUGUGA